AUGGGUGCCCCUUUUGCAACUCAUUUGCUUUUCUUAUUUUGCUUAUUUACAGCAACCUUCAGUUUAAACUUCUUCAAAGUAGAAUCAAAUGUCUCUUGCCAUGCAAAAGAGAAACAAGCACUUCUAACCCUCAAACAAGGUCUCAUUGAUCUUUCGGUAUUGAGCCCUCUCUCAUCUUGGUCUGACCAACAAGAUUGCUGUACGUGGGACGGAGUUCGAUGUGACAACAAAACUGGUCGAGUUAUAGAGCUAACACUAAAUGGGAUAGCUGGUGAGAUUAGUCCUUCAUUGCUUGAAUUAAAGUUUUUGAAUCACUUGGACUUCAGUAUCAAUGACUUUAAUUGUUCCCGUAUUCCAAGUUUCCUAGGCUCAAUGGGCAAUCUGAGACAUCUUGACCUCAGCAAUGCUGCGUUUUGUGGACUCAUUCCUCAACAACUUGGGAACCUUUCAGGCCUUCACUAUCUAGAUCUUGGAGGUAAUUCAUAUCUUUAUUUAGAUAACCUUCAUUGGAUGUCUGGUCUCUCUUCCAUUCAAUACCUUAACCUGAACUCUGUCAACCUUCACAAAGAAGUUGAUUGGCUUCAAAUAAUGAGUAAGCUCUCAUCUCUUUCUGAGCUAUACUUGUCAAGUUGUGGGCUUGAUAGCCUGAACCCAUCUCUUAGAUUUGUCAAUUUCACAUCUCUUCGAGUCCUUGAUCUUUCCCAAAAUCAUUUCUAUCAUGAGAUACCUAAUUGGUUCUCGAAUCUUAGUACGAGCCUCUUAAAGCUUUAUCUGAGUGAAAAUUCUCUAAUGGGCAAUAUACCGCCUAGCAUUUUCAAUUUACAAAGAUUGGAAUAUCUUGAAGUCCAACUUAAUUCUUUGAGUGGAAAAUUUCCAGAGUCAUUAGGUCAGCUUAAGCAUCUAUCAUAUCUCAAUCUUGAAGGAAAUUCUUUAAGUGGUCCUAUUCCUUUGUCCCUUGGGAAUUUAUCUGAAAUGCAAAACUUAAAGCUCGCUAGAAAUAAGUUAAAUGGCACCAUUCCAAAGACUCUUGGGCUUCUCUCAAAUUUAGUGUCAUUGUCUAUAUCAUUUAAUCUCUUCACAGGCAGCCUAGAUGAAGUGCAUUUUGCCAAACUUUGGAAAUUGAAAAUCCUAGAUAUGUCUCAUACACUUUUGUUCUUUAAUGUGAAUUCCAAUUGGGUUCCUCCUUUUCAACUAGAACAAGCCGACAUGAGCUCCUGCAAGAUUGGUCCCAAAUUUCCUCCAUGGCUACAAACACAAAGAUCCCUCCAGUUUUUAGUUAUGCCCAUGUCAGGAAUUUCAGGCAACGCUCCGAGUUGGUUCUGGAAUUGGUCUUCAAACAUUAAUACGACCGAUCUCUCUGAAAAUCAAAUAAAAGGGGAUGUACCAGACAUUUUGUUGAAUUCUAUUGUCUUAAAUCUAAGAUCUAAUCACUUCAAGGGGAGGUUGCCACGAUUGUCUACAAAUGUCAAAGUGCUUAAUAUAGCCAACAACUCAUUUUCUGGACCCAUUUCCACUUUCUUAUGCAAGAAGCUGAACAGAAAGAAUGAUUUAGAGGUUUUAGAUGCAUCAAACAAUCUCUUUUCUGGAGAACUUUCUAAUUGCUGGAGGUACUGGCAAUCUUUGAUCCAUUUGAAUUUAGGGAGCAAUAGUCUAUCAGGUAAAAUUCCUUAUUCCAUGGGGUCUUUAGUUAAACUCAAAUCAUUGCGUUUACAAAACAAUAGCAUCUUUGGGGGUUUUCCUUCUUCGUUGAAAAAGUGCUUAGAUUUGGGGCUCAUUGAUAUAGGUGAUAAUCAUUUGUCAGGGACCAUACCCCUCUAG